UACAGCUAUAGUAUUAGCCGCAACAUCCUUGCCUGUAAUGAAACAUGUGUAUUAUCCAUAAACACAUUAUAGCUCUUUUUGCAAUGAGAACAAAAACGUUUUUUUUUUUCCUCUCUGGCACGGCAUGUGAUAAAACCUUACAGGUGGAUAUAAAAACACGUAGCGGUUACUAUGACAACCGGUUAGUUUAUUGGGCAGUGUUAGCCUUCUUCUAAAAAAAAGAUAACGCUUUAAAAAUGUUUCUCGGUCGAUUAACAAACUUUCGGGCGAGUGCGGGGUUCUUUUUAAACGCGUGUUUAUUUUUUUAAAGUUUUAUUUCACUUGAAAGCGAUAGCCUGUCAAACUCGGCCUUCCCAGGAUGCCUCUGUGAAAAGGAAGCUGAAAUGUGACGUUGUUGUUUUAAUCAUGGUGCCGCUUGGGAGGGGAAGAGAAGAAAUCGCCAGCAAUCCGAAAGACAGACCUAUUCGGCGUCUCUUGAACACCGAAAAUUUCAGCGCUGUGAAAGUCACCUGGCACUGAGCGACUUCAGACCAUGGGUGAAAAUGGCCCACACAAGGACAUCAUGUAUUUUGAGGUGGAGGUGGAUGAGGAUGAACUGACGCAGGAAGAAAAGAUGGUGGGCUUCGAUAAGAAUGGACUGCUGCCCUCCUCCUCUGGUACAGUUUACGAUCGGACCACUGUUCUCAUUGAGCAGGAUCCGAUAAGCUUGGAUGAGGAGGAGGAGGAUGAUGGGCAAUGUGGGCACGACAACAUGACUUUUUUAGCAGAGGGAUCGGAGGAAGGCUUGACUUUCAUGGCCGAUCAUGAAGGAAUGUCACAAGGAUAUGUUCAUCACACAAUCUCACCUGAUCAGAUCCAGUUUACUAUCAACCCAGGUUCUACUCCUAUGCCAAGGAAUAUAGAGGGGGCAACCCUAACCCUGCAUUCAGAAUGUCCAGAGACCAAGCAAAGAGAGGUUAAAAGGUACCAGUGCAUGUUUGAAGGUUGCACUCGUACCUACAGCACAGCAGGGAACCUGCGGACUCACCAGAAGACUCACCGUGGGGAGUAUACAUUUGUCUGCAACCAGGAAGGCUGUGGCAAAGCUUUCCUUACCUCCUACAGUCUGAAAAUCCAUGUACGAGUUCAUACAAAGGAAAAGCCCUUUGAAUGUGAUGUACAAGGAUGUGAAAAGGCAUUUAAUACACUGUACAGAUUGAAAGCACAUCAGAGACUUCACACAGGGAAGACGUUUAACUGUGAAUCAGAAGGAUGCACUAAGUACUUUACGACUCUCAGUGACCUGAGGAAGCAUAUUCGAACUCAUACAGGAGAAAAGCCAUUUAGGUGUGACCAUGACGGCUGUGGAAAAGCGUUUGCUGCCAGUCACCAUCUGAAAACGCACGUCAGAACACAUACUGGUGAAAAGCCCUUCUUCUGCCCUAGUGAUGGCUGUGAGAAGACUUUCAGUUCUCAGUACAGUCUCAAGAGUCACAUGAAGGGACAUGAUAAAGGACAGCCUUAUGGAGGGGCACUCAGUCAUUCCUUGUCUGAAGAUGCAAAUCAUUCACUUUGCCUCAGUGAUUUGAGUUUAAUUUCCACGGAUACUGAACUGAGAGAAAAUGCGAAUAAUUCUCAAGGCCUCGAUCUAAACAGUGUUACACCAGUGAGGGUAUUUGAACUGAUGUUUCAGAGUCCGGAAAACAGUGUUAGUCAAGAUGAUGCUCACCCAAAUGAUGCAUUGGCUGAAACCUUCAGUUCUGAAAGCGCACCUGCCUCUACUGCUCAGCCUCCUGCUGCAGACUCCAGUUCGCCCAUGACUUUUCCCAUGCCAUAUCCGUCAUCAUUGCAAAGCAAUGCCCUGGAAUCCUCAAAGCCAACACCUGCGCCUUCAGCACCCCUUCCGAACGCGUCUGUUGCCAACAGCUCACAGCCAGCUGUGUUUGGAACUCCUCCCAACGUGUUGCAGACACCAGAAGUGCCUGUCCAGUCCAAUUCACAGCCGUACCCACCAAUGCAGCCUGACUUCCUUCAGCCAACGACUCCUCUCUCUCAGCCUGGCCCCCAGGGGCCCCCCGCAGCAGCUGUAACUAGUGCCACCCCCACCACAGCCCCUAGCACAGAGUCGCUGCCAGCCAUGGUGCAGACUGUGCCUUUAGCUGCAAACCCUGUCUUGACCAGUAACCCCACUAUAGCAAUUACGCCCACCCAGAACACCACUAUUUUGCAGCCAAGCAUUAUGAUGGCAGAUCAGAACUUGCAGUGGAUAUUAAACGGUGCAACCGGUGCACAGCAAAAUUCAGAGCAAACGCAACAUCAAGGCCCUAAAGUUGAAAAAGUGUUCUUCACUACAGCAAUACCUGUUGGAGGAAAUUCAGGAAAUCCAGUUCAGCAAAUAGGUCUAAGUCUCCCUGUCAUUAUUAUAAAGCAGGAGGAGUCUUGUCAGUGUCAUUGUGCUUGUAGGGACUCUGUUAAAGACAAGAACUCCAGCAAGAAAGACGGCUCGUCUGCACAGGCCCCCGUGCCAGCCCCUGCCCCUGCCCCUGCCCCUCCGCCCUGCUCUUCUCCUCCACCUUCUUCCCCUGCAAAGAAAAACGAGUCCCCUCAGAGCUCAUCGGGGCAAGACAACCCUGCACCUCAGCCUCAAACGCUCCCCUCCACUUCCGAUGAGCACGGAGGCCUAGCCCAGUCCCAUGAUGCCCAGAAUGACACUUUGAUCAAUAUGGACAUGUCAGAUUUCCUCUCUCUGCAAAGUCCCGAGACGCCCUCGAACAUGAGCACUAUUGAAGCACUGUUGUUGGUUCCUGACGAUUUUACCCUGGGUGGGAGCAGCAGUGGCAACUUUUCCAAGUAAUGUGUCUGGUUUGCCCUUCGGUGUUUUUGGAGGUGUUGUUCCUUUUUUUAUACAAUUAUUUUGUUCUCACUUGUUUCCCAAAGGCUAAUUUUGUGUAGACAUGUUUUAUAUUUCCUUAUACAUGAAUGCCCAUAUUACAACCUGGACCAUGGUGUUUCAUAUACAGUACAUUCUGAUUUACUGCAUAUGACUUAAAUAUACAGUUUUCGUUAAUGCAAAGUGUCACCUGAGGAAUGCAUUUUCAUAGUGAUUAUUAACAUAAAGCAUCAUCUUAACAAAGGUUAUUGAGCUUCUGGAGAAUGGAGAACAGGCCCAAGGUGGGAAAAGGUUCAAUUCAUAGUCUCAGGACUGUUGAACUGUUUUAAAUAGAAGCACAAAUCAGUCUCAAUUUGUGCCUUUAAAAAUGCAUCAGACAACAUUUUCAUACUGGAUAUGCACUUUACCAGCUAGCUUAAAUAAGCAGUUGAUGAAAACCUUCAGUCAGAACAAAAAAGUCAUCGUCCCCUUUCCAUGACUUAAGGGAGCAUCAGUGAAAAUGAAAAGGAGAUGACUGUGGCGAGCUGUAACUUGAUGAACAGUUCUAUAUGAGGAGUGCUGAAUUUGUGAUGGUUCUGCCUGCUGUACUUGGGGAAACAGUCAUUUUUUCCAGUUCUGUUAUGUAUUCUCAGGUUACUUGCAGUAAAUUUGGCAAUUUAUGUAUGCAAAUAAAUGGAAUGUACUGUGGGCUUAGUAAACAAUCAGCUGUAUGGCCAAAUUUCAUUGGAUAAAAUAUAGACUGGAACAACAAUCUAAUUUAUCUCAAAUUAAUUUUUCUGUAAAAUGUCAUAUUAAAUAUUAACAAGAACAUUAGCAACAACCCUAAACCAAUUCACUUUUUGAAGUAUGGAAAUAGCUUUUCCUUAUUCUUUUGUAGCUUGCAGGCUUAUACAGCUCCCCACACAGACCUUUUAUUAAGAAUAUGUUCUCAGUUUUCUUUUUAAAAGUUUUUAUGACGUUUGGUCUUUGGUCCAUAAAAAUCAAUUGUGUAUAAAUUAGACAUCAAUUUUACAUCUAGUUUGACACCUGUAAUUACAAUAUGACUUUUUAAACAAAUUUCCAAGCCGAUACAACCAUUGAACAAAGGUGCAUAUUAAGGUUUCUUGUACAUGUUAAUUUAUAAAGUUGCUUAAUAUACAGUACAACAUUUAAAUCAUAUAACUUUCUGGACAGUUCUGUUCCAAAUUAUGGCCUCAUCAUUAUUGGCAAAAGUCUAAAAGGUCUCAUUUGUGUCUGAAUCUCUGUAAUUUUAACUAUACCCAGUUUAAUAUAUUAUAGUGUUAUUUUCUUAGUACAUUUACUAGUCAUAUGAUUUGCCCUGCAUUCCUUCUAUUUUCUUAAGAUGGAUUCAUAGUUUUUAUUCAUAGUAGAAUUUUUCUGAAUAGGUUUCCCAGUUUUCUCAUUCAACAGUUUCUAACUAUAUACAUAUUUAUUUACUAUUUCAAUAACAAAUACAAAUUGUAUUUAGGACAUUUAAAUGUACAGUAAUAGAUGGUACCACAUACUGUGAGGGUGGCAAAACAAAGUUAAUCUGGUGAUUUUGUGACCACAUUGCAUUAAUUUGAAUUAGAUCCUGGAAAUUUACUUUUAUCUGUGGUUUUCACAGUUAAAGGAACUCUUACAAGUAAUGUUAUCUAGUUGGUUAUGCAAAGUAUGCAUUUAUUUGUAUAUGCAUUAAAGGUCAAUUUGAAAUCGGAAUACCUUUAGUUAAUGUGUGCAUUUAACAUGCAAAUUCACCUCUGGUCAAAGUGUUUUGAGUGUUUAUUAAAACGUGUAUAUGCAUAGAACUACUUAGAGUACUUAUUAUAAGAGAUGUGAGCAAAAUCUUAAACGAAUGUAGAAAGCUAAUUGAAACCACAAACUUAACCAGAAUUUAUAAGGUGAACUCCCUGGAUUUCAAAAUGUGAAUAUUAACCUUACUGUACAGUACCUAUUUGAUAAAUCCUACUACAAAAAUGUAACCAGUUUGGUUCUCCAUUCACACACCAUUGUAUUUAUGGCACCUCUAAAUGGGAGAGCCUUUAUUUUUUAUUCUUUCAAGGCCAAUACAUCAUGGUAUCACAUGUAUAUAUUUGCAAUACAUUGCAUUACAAUAGUGCAUAAAAUGGCUUAUUGAUACCAGAGAUGUUAAUGGCAUGUACCUAAAACCACUGUUCCAUGUUUUCCAUCACUUGACAACUAUAUUUGAGGCCAAGAAUUACCAGAAUUCCUUGAGACCUGAUGUGGGACUUUCACAUGAAUCUGUUUUAAAAUACUUCCUAGUCAGAUCCUGAAGAUAAGAUUUAAAUGUAGGAAUUCUACAUAAGGUUUCUGUUUUACAAACAUACGAUUUGUGCCUAGGAUUCCACUUAAGUACUUAAGUGUCCCUUCUACCCAUGCCUGAUUACAAUUUGCCAUUUUUAACAAUUAUUAAAUUCAAGAUCUUUGUUUUUCUCUAUCUUUUGUACAUAUCUAGUCUAAUGUAAUAUUCUUAAACCUGGAACAAAGGGGAUAAAAAUAAGUUAAUUGCAAUUAAUAAUUACAUAGUAAAGAAGUUUCAUUUGAAAGUGCACUGCCAGUCACAAUGUAACCUCGCAUUUCUCGAUAAUAUUUACGUUUUAACUUGGCAUUUGACAAAUUGCAUGCUAAUAUUAUGAAUUGCUGAGGACUUCAGGUUACUGUUCAGUUUCUAAAAACUGUUCAUUCCUUUGGUGGGAAAUGAUGCCCUUUUUAUGUUAUUUGUUUAAGUUUUUAAAAACAGAUUUGCUAUAAGAAUAAUCGCUAUGCCCCAGUGUGACUACCAAACUGACCAAGGCAUUCUCCUGUUGUUACUACUGUAGCAGCCCCAUGCAUUGUUUUCUUUUAAGUUAUUCUGUUAAUUUAACUGGAAACCUAGUCAGUCUCCUCUAGAUAUAAGAAUCUAUAUAAACAAUAGUGACUGUAGAUUACAAGUAUUGAAGUUUCUCUGAUACUCUAUUCAGUUUUGUUCUCAUACAGUAUGUUGUUUAAGAGAGCAAUAAUCUAUGCAACCUUUUAUAAACCACCAACUUGAAAGUUUCACGGAUUGCAUGCAUCAAAUUGUAUGUUUAACUAUUUGAUACAGAAGUCCACUGGUAAAGAAAAAAAUAAAAACAGGAAUGUUCAUUGGAUGUUAUUGUAUAUUUCGAAAUAUUUUGAACUACCUUUUAUGAUAGUGGUACUUGAACAAUAAGUUUUAAAUGGUAAUCAUCUGGAAACUAAUGAAUGAGUGUAUGUUGCCAAACGUUUCAUAUAAUUCCUAUAGCCUGGGGAAAAAAAUCAAUGAUGUUUUGUUGCUGACUGCAGUGUUUUCUCUCAUUCACUGGAAAUUCAAAUAGAUUGUUAUUGAGAUGCCUAUCAAAGAAAUAACAUGUACUUUGCAAAAACACAUUAAGGUUUAAAUUUCUUUGAGAUGAUUAUGGAUAAUUGGAAAUUGCAUUUGUAUUAUGAUAGUCAAAUGCAUUGAAAUUUGGUUCUAAAAUACUAUAUUUCAAUAAAAGGAAUAGAAAAUAAUAAAGUGAGGAGACAGACUCUGAAAAUGUGAAUAUUAUAACCCACAUUAGUUUUUGAGGCAUAAAAGUCCUAAUACAUUUUACUGACUGUGCAGCACUACCAGAUAUCAGUCUACAUUUUGAUUUAAAUUGAUUUGGCUAAAUUAGUUGCACACAGAAGUAAUGGUAUUCUAUAAAAAUGUUCUGCAAUACAUUUUCAUGUUUAAGUAAUUUAGCAGUAAUUAAUCAGCAGUAAUCUUGAUUCAUUAGGUAGCUUUUGUUUUGUCUGCAAUUUAAGUUGCCUUUUUUCCUAUGCAAAUUUCAUAAUGCAUUUAAUGAAGUGGUCUUUCCAUAAUGUCUUGUCAUCAUUAUGUGAAGUGAAUUACCAGAUUUAAAAAAAGAAAGUUGUAAAGCUAAAGGUUUGCUAAGGCCAGUUCAGGAAAAUAUUGAAAGCAAAACUACACCCAGCACAGCAGUCAAAAUACAGUUUUUACAAUUCAAUUGGCAACUGGAAAACAGAGGAUGAUACUUUAGCUCAUUUGCAUUUUUAUUAUUUUUUAAUUUUUUGGGUUGUUUACUUAUUUUGUAUUUUGUUGAGAGCUUCUGCAUUUCUUCACUCUAGGAAAAAAACAAUGUGAGUGAAUAGUAGUAUAGUUUUGCAUCUAAAUGCAGAUAAACACCAGAAAAAAAGUAUUACAGACUCAAAAUCAGAACAUUUUUGCUAGUGCAUGUCUGAUUCUGUAUAAUAUUAAGCAAGAUGUAGUCCACAGAUAAUGAACACUGUAUCAUAUAAACAAUUCAUACUCACAGUAAGGCUGAUUUUGUGUGAAUGUAGGUUUGGACAAUAUUACGGAUGCAUUUCUUUUAAUAGUGACACUGCAUUUAGAAGUUUAAGAUGUUUAGGACUUUGUAAUGAUAAUGUGUAAAUUACACCUUUAUGAAGACUAUCCUAGCACUCUUUAGUUUGACUGUUUAUUCUGGAAAAUAUUUUCAUUUAUCUUACCUUGAUUGGCACUUUGAACUGAAUGAAAGUAAACUCAGAUUAAGCUUAGAUUUAGGGGAAGAUUUAAACUUUAUCUUCAUUUGCCCUUCUGAUCUUAAUAUUUACAUAUUCUUGACAUUUUUCCAUAGCCUUGGGAAUAUUUAGACAUUUUCAUAAGACAUGGGAUCAUUUUAGCCAGUUUAUAAGGAGGAAACAACCAAACAAAAGAUGUGUGGAAAAUGAAAUUCUGUUCUAAGAAUUGUUUGAGUGUGUCUGAACCUUUGAUAGUUUUGUUAAUGCAUUUGUGGGACUGGUAAACUCUCCUGAGGAGAUUUGUUUUCUAUUUUUUGUCCUUAAAUUCACACAUUUUCAAAUGUCUUUCAAGUAUUUAUUGCAAGCCACAAAGUCAACACAAUUAUACAAAAUCUACUGUAUAGUCUUCAUAUUUAAUUCUGUGAUACUAAUGUUUUCAAACCACCAUUAUUGUUCAGACAUUGAGCUCAGUUUAAGAUUAGAAUAGAUAUUUAACACUGGUCAUCUUGACGUAUUCUCUAAAACUGCUGAUGGCUAAAGAUCAUUUGGUUCAAAUUGUUGCACAUCCCUAAUAAGUGGUAAUUUGAAAGGGUUUUGCUUAUUAAUUUCUUAAAUAGUUUUCAGCUUUGGAAUUAAGGCAUGGUGGGUGGCAGUAUGUUCACUUCGUUGCUAAUGUACAGGAUGUGUUCUGAUAUUUUGAGUAUGUCCUCUUCAGGCGUGAAAAUAAAAUACUUCCAACGGAAGAGAAUGUCUCCAAAACCCAAAGAGUGAAGAAAAAAAACAUGUAGAGGAUUUGUAUUUUUAAAGAAUGUAUAAUGUGAAAUUGUUUGCUUACAUGCUUGUUUUGUAUAAAGUAAUAUUGUAUUAUGAUUUAAAUUUAACAUUUUUGGAACUGAAAGCAAUAUAAUACUAAUUAAAUCCUAUCUGACUUA